AUGGCAGCAAUAACCGAGAGUGAGCUCGGAACUUGGGCCUUCCAAAUAUGUGAAACACCCAAGACUGGGAACCCAGGGGCCAAGUUAUGGGGACCUUCACAGACUCAGGACUCUGCUUACGCUACUCAGUACGCGCCUCAGGGCUCGCUAGGCCGAGCUCCAAGUUGCACAACCACAGCUCAGAAUAGCCUAGUCAUCACUCAGGCCAAAUGGCGGAACGCUCAGGUCCGAAAACGGAAAUGGACUUUGGAGAGGUCAAGACUCGCGGCUGAGUAUGGUGAUAUGCAGAAGCCUCAGAGAACCUUUCCCUCACGAAGCUUGUAA